AUGCCUUCAUCAUUACCAUCAUCGUCGCCGCGAGCCAUCGCCCUCCUGCUCCUCUGCACCCUCACCGCCGUCCUCGCCCUGCCGAAGAACUAUCCUCGCUUCUCAGUCCCCCAGCAGUAUCUCGAGGUCGGCCAGAUGCGCGCCGCCAUGGAGAUGAAUCCCUCCGCCAUCCUUGAAGCUCAGUGCAUCGACCGCAACGUCCACAUUGUCUUCCACGACGAGUCUGUUGCCGAGCUCAACAUUUGCGAGGGCGGCAUCGCCGGCGACGUCAAGGCCUGUCGUGGCAGCCCCGUCGAGACCAUGGGCGUCGCCGGCUCGGCCCGCUUCUCGCUCAAGGUCAUGGCCGAGGGCGCCACCAUCAACGUGGCCAAGAAGCGGUGGGAGGCCUGA